UACGAGCGAUGGACUAGACCUGCAGGACAGCUGGUUCUCCUCUGAAGCUUGUGACCCACAUUUGAAGAUGAGUGACCAAGGCAGCAGCACCUCCACCUCCCAAACGGAUGGAGACUUUGAAGGAGAGCUGGAUGAAGAGGUGGAGAGUGAAGAGGGGGUGAAGGAGAAAGGGAGGGACAGUCCCACCCCAAGCUUGUCCAAUUUCUCGGCGUCCCUGCGCGCUGUCAUCCGCAUCAAACAGAAGUACCAAGCCAUGAAGAAGCGGCGGCAGGAGAUGGUCCUGGGUCUGGGAGCGGGGGCCCUGGUGGGGGCGCCGGGACGCACCAGCCCCAAAAUCUUCACCUUUGACGGCCUCACCCCGAGCGCCUUCCCCACCCUGUCCUCCAUCCAGCAGAAGAAGAAGAAGAGGAGGAGAAAACGAGUGCUAUUUCCCACCGGAGGGGGGCGGAAGGCCAUGCCGAGGCAGGAGCGCAGCCGCGCCACAUACUGCCUGUACCUGCUGCUUGCCAUCCUCUUUCUUCAGGUGUACAACGCCAUCGAGAACCUGGACGACCAUGUUCUCAGGUAUGACCUGGAGGGGCUGGACAAGAUGCUGAGGAGGGAGGUGUUUGGGCAGCAGGGGGCAGUAGAUGGUCUGCUGUCCCACCUGAAGGACUACCUGUCCACUUACGUGCACAACAAGCCCCUAGUGGUGUCCUUGCACGGCCCCAGCGGCGUCGGUAAGAGCCACCUGGGACGCCUCCUGGCCGGACAUUUCCGCUCGGUCGUCGGCGAGACGCUGGUGCUGCAGUACUACGUCCUCCACCACUGCCCCCAGGAGGCCAACGCCCUGGAGUGCGCCCGCAACCUCUCCUCUCACAUCUCAGAGAUGGUGGAGCGAGCCGAAGAGGAGGAGAAGAUUCCGCUCUUCAUCUUCGACGAGGCCGAGCACAUGCACAAGGAGAUCCUGGACGAGCUAUGGCAGCUUGUCGCCUCCAAACAGUCCAACGAGUACCUGAACACCAUCUACCUGUUCCUUAGCAAUCUGGGUCACGGACACAUCACCAAGCACAUGCUGCACAACUCCUCAAGUAUAUCUAUGGCCAUGACGGCCUCAGGUCGUCAUAGCAACCUACUAAAAGAGCUGACUCCCAUUUUACGCAACACCCUGGAGAAGCUGCACCCUCUAUGGACGGAGGCGGACAUCCUGCCCCUCAGCCUCCUGGAGAAGAGACACGUGAUGGAGUGUUUCCUGGACGAAAUGACCCGAGAGGGCUUCUACCCGGAUCACACCAACAUCGAGCGCCUCGCGGGGGAGAUCGAUUACUACCCUGGCGCUGAGGGGCGGGAAUAUUCCCAGACGGGCUGCAAGCAAGUCGUGGCCAAGGUCAACCUGCUGUGAGGUGCCGAGCAGGAAACACUUUAUACUCGCUGGAACUAUGAAGAAAAACAAGUUUGAGAAGUGACCAUUACUUGAAAGACUGGACUCGGAGCCAAAGUUUUUUUUAGAAACGCAUAGAAUAAAAACACAGAAGUAGUUUGCAUACAAUGAGUGUUGUACUCCGUGGUGGGAAACACAUCCUGUGAAAAUGUUUGAAAAUACCACAGUCACUCAUUGAAGGGUCAGUCCACCCAAAGUACUCAAGAGAUAUCCCGUUACGCGUAGUCGUCACUUUAGGGCGUUUUUCUUUAGUGAUGUUUUUAACUAGUUCUUCCACGGCAGGUGUUUUUACAGGCAUUCAUACUCCUCGCACGACCGGUCUUGGUUAAGUUAUUUAUUUGACCAAAACUGAGCUUAAAAUAAAUAAAUAACAUGCGGCCAAUCCCAAGUACCUUCUAAAUGCUGCGAUAGGAUUUAAAAGGGUAAGUUGUUGUCAUGUGCUGCCAACUAUGAGUCGUAGAUGACCUGAUCAUCAGCACGAAUGCAGACCUCGUGGCAAUUUGCUGGUCCGUACCAAUCAGGUGUUUGUUAAUGCAAUGCCAAGAGGGAAAGACAUCAGCAACUGUGAAUGCUUACAUGAUCUAGUCACAACGUUAUUUCUGCCUGUUAGCGUUUAGCUUCAGUCUUCUCUUUGCCAUGCAUUUGUUUUUUUUGUUUUUUUUUGUUUUUUUAUUAACAUCCAGUACAAACAACAGCAAAAGUUAACAUCGAGUUACAAUGAUAUGUGUCUAGGUGUGUGUGUGUGUGUGUGUGUGUGUGUGUGUGUGUGUGUGUGUGUGUGUGUGUAUAAAUAAUAUAAUGAAAGUAAAUAAAUAAAUUAAGAAUAUUAAUUUGAAAAAUAAAUAAAUAAAAAGAUAAUUAUCAUAUAGAGUGAUAUAAUAUAGCACGAUAUAAUAUAAAGUAAUAUAUGUAAUACUAUAAUAGCAUAUAAUAAUAUAAUAUCCUAAUACAACAUAAUACAUUUUAUAACAUAUAACAAAAUGAUAUCACCAUACUAUAAUAUAUAACAAUAUAAUAAUACUAUAAUAUAUCAUCCCAUGAGAUCUCAUAACAUAAUAUAAUAAUACACUAUAAAGCAAUAUAUCAUGAUAAUGCCAAGAAUAAUUAUUAGAAUUAGAAUGGGUAAUAUAUAUAUUGCAAUGAGGGGUGAGGUCGGACCGGGGCAUCAGGGAGGCGAGCAGGGGGCCCCCCCACCAGACUCCAAGUUGCCCUGCGUUUGUGAAAUGUGCACGACUAACUUGAUCUUUAGCUUUUUGGAUGGACUGAUCCUUUCUGAGGAAAAUAAAAACCUCCAAUGAUGGCAGCUGAAGCAGAAGUGAUGGGUGGACACGGUUUCCUGCUCAUCCUGGGUUGCUGCAGAGGAACCUCCACGACAACACGGAAAAGCAGGAAAAAAAAACCAUCAUUCAUUCAUGUAAAAGAUGGAAGUUGUGACAUUUCCAGUUCACUGAUUAUUAAUACUCAUUUGAGGACGUUGACAGGAAGUCCUUUCUCAGAUCGACAGCCAGGCUUGGUUUGGCGCUCGUACACGUAAUCGACGAGAAGCCGCUGGUUUGAGUUUACCUCCUGCAGCAAAUGCUUGUUCGCUCUUUCACAACUGUUGUCUGUCAAAUUAAUUUAUUUCAUUCUCGUUUUUACAAGAAUUUCCUGAAAGUUCACAUUCAGAGGAAUCGACCUGAACUCUGCACAGACUUGGACCGGCGCUGUUUGAUUGACCUUGGUGAUGUAAUGAGUCAUGAACAAGUUCAAGUCCAAGUGCCAUUAGAAGUCAAUAAAAAAAAGAAACAGCUGUGUCUUUGUUUUACCUCAUUGUGGAUUCAUGUGUUCUUCCCUCUGUAGUACAGUGCCGUAUCGUGGCUCUCUGUAGAGCUAGUUUUGUAUCUGCAUUCCUCUGUGGUUUAGUCAUUAAACUCUCUUCUGGUCGUUUCCCA